AUGGAAGUGUUGGGUCGCAGUGGACGCGGCAUCAUGUCGCUUGCCGCCUCGUCAUCGGCGCCCACCGCCUUCGCAUCUCUUGAAGACACCGGCGCUGUGACGUUGUGGGACACACGGCUGAAACGCAAGGACUACGUGUGUGUGGGCAAAGGAGCGCCACAGGAGAGGAGGGAUGCCACCGAGUUGUUGCUUGCAUCGGACCGACACAUGGCUGUAGUUCUGGCGGAGGAUAUGAUCAUGGCCUACGACCUUCGCCAGCAGGCACUGUUGCAUGCCUUCAGGCACGUUGCUGAGGCUGUGGUGUUCAUUAACGGCGCCCACCCGUAUGGGGCGUCAACAACUCUCAUUGCCGAUGAUUGUGGUUCGAUUAUUCCAUUUGAUUUGGCGCAGUUUACCCCAACGACGCAUGUCUCGGAGCGUUUUUUUGGGGCAGAGAAGGAGCUGGUGCCGCCCUGCUUUGGCUCCUUGACGAAUUACUGCUGUGGCCUUGGUGUAUUGCAGGUGGACGACAUACAGGCGGUGUGUGCCAUGGGGAUGGACGGCAAUGGGGAACUGUACACGGACCCUCUUGAGCCGCCGGUGGAAUUCUGCUUGAUGGAUGACUUGGCCGCAGCAGAGGGGCAGGUGGUGAAUCCACCCCUGCCCACAACCUGCGAUUUCCUGAGCGGCUACGUGGCCGUGGGCAGGGCAAAUGGCAUGUACUCCGUUGCCACCGUGGACACCGAUGACAACGUCGUCGUUGAGGUCUUUGCGGCGCCUGGGCACGCAUCCAACGGCCUCUCUGUGGUGUUGUGGACCAAUGACAGCCAUCUGAUGACGUGCUCCAUCUGCGGUGAAGUGUCCGUGUGGGAUGUGAUGCCGCUCCUGCUGCAGGAUGCACCCGACGAUGAAACCGAAGAAGGGGAUCUACCGCCUCUCAAGAAGGCCUGUAGUGUGCGUGAGACCACGCAGCAGCGGUCCGUAGUGAAUUGCGGGACGAUCCUUGGCUCAGGGGCGUUUCUUGCCGGUGACACGAUGGGGUUCGUGACUUCGUGCGCGGCUCCGCAAGCGUGA